CGUUUUUCUUUUUUCUGCCUUCUGAAAUCUGAUUAUCUCUUCUGGUAUUUAUUGGCCUUUUUUUAGUUUUAUGUCCAAGUGCUGUCCUCUGAAGUGGUCAUUUCUUUUACAGAUCUUGCAUGAAUGGCAGACCUGGCCUAACUUCCAAUUGUUGUGUAUCUCCUCCUUCUAAUCUGAUGGGGUUUUCUUCAGAAAGUGGAGUAGUGCUCAUCCUCCUCUGUUUUUAACAUCCGAUGUAUAGUGCAUGUGCAGGCAGGGGGUUGCUUUGUCAUGGAGAACUCUGAUGAUAAAAAAGAUGAGGCCAUUGAGAGUUAUAUACCCAAGGAAUUGGGUUAUUCUUUAGCAUCUAAUGGUACAAAAUUUGUAGAUGAAGUUCUUAAUGGUCAAAAUGAACAUUGUCUGGAGAAUUUUCGCAUGGAUAAACAUGUAUUUUAUAAGCUGUGUGACAUUUUACAAGCCAGAGGCCUACUACGUCAUACAAAUCGAAUCAAGAUUGAGGAGCAAUUAGCAAUAUUCAUGUUCAUAGUAGGCCAUAAUCUAAGAACUCGAGCUGUUCAAGAGCUUUUCAGGUAUUCAGGGGAAACCAUUAGUCGCCAUUUCAACAAUGUGCUGAAUGCAAUUAUAGCUAUUUCACUAGAUUUCUUUCAGCCUCCAGGAAGUGAUGUUCCACCAGAAAUUCGGGAAGAUCCUCGAUUUUAUCCUUAUUUUAGGGAUUGCGUGGGAGCAGUUGAUGGCAUACACUUUCCAGUGAUGGUGGGUGUGGAUGAGCAAGGACCUUUCCGUAAUAAAAAUGGUUUCCUUUCACAAAAUGUUCUGGCAGCAUGCUCAUUUGAUAUGAAGUUCCAUUAUGUUCUAGCUGGUUGGGAAGGAUCAGCAGCAGAUUUGCGAGUUCUAAAUUCAGCUCUCACAAGGCGGAACAAGCUCCAAGUUCCCGAAGGCAAAUAUUACCUAGUGGACACCAAGUAUGCAAGUAUCCCAGGCUUCAUUGCUCCAUAUCCUGGUAUUCCCUAUGGCUCAUUUGAAUUUGGUGGUGGUUUCCAUCCUCAAGAUGCAAAAGAGCUAUUUAAUCAUCGGCACUCAUUGUUGCAUAAUGCUACUGAUCGUACUUUUGGGGCAUUAAAGGCACGUUUCCCUAUUUUGAUGUCGGCUCCUCCUUACCCAUUACCUACACAGGUAAAGUUGGUUGUGGCGGCAUGUGCGAUACACAAUUACAUCCGUAGGGAAAAGCCAGAUGAUUGGAUUUUCAAGAUGAAUGAACAGGAAGCUGGACUUCCCUUUGAAGAUUCAAUGCCACCACCUUUAGAAGCCGAGCAGCCACUCAUGCAUGAUGAAACUCAAGUUUUGGACAUUCCUUUUGAAACACAAGAAGUCGAACACUCUUCACAGUUGCGGGAUGCAGUUGCAUCUGAGAUAUGGAAUAGUUAUAUCCGUGACGUCUCAACUAUUUAGUUUGUUGAUUAAAGAUAUAGUCAGAGUAGUUCUGGAAUCUGUAAAAUGACACAAUUUUGGACUCUCUACUUGGCAUAUUGGAUAUAUCAGUGAUUGCCAAAAAAAUUAUCAGAUGUUUGCUUAGUCAUGGCUGUGAUAAAAGUGUCAAUGUUAGAUAGC